GACUAAUGACUAAUCAGUAAGCACUAGUACAAAACGACAACGCAGUAUCAGUGACUAUAAAUUUCACUCGCACAGUCGAGUUCUACAAAACCUAAUUCAAUUUCCCUCCCAUCGCGUUUUCGUUUUGUUCCUCUACUACUUAGGGUUUCUUACAAUGGCGGAGGAAGCACAAUAUACCCUAAAACGCAAAUACGACGACCAACCCAACGCCAUCGACAUCAACCUCGAAGUCGCCAACGCCAAACUAAAAGCUCAAGAAGCCGCCGCUCGUCUCCUCAAUGCCACCGCCGCUCCACCACUUUCCUUCGAUCCCAAACGAACUAAAUCUGAUAACGGUGCUCCACAAUCUGGAUUCGAUUCUUAUGAUUUGAAGCCUCAAUACUCAGCAGCUUCUUAUGGUUCUAGUAAGAAGAUCGAAAUACCUAAUGGUAGGGUUGGUGUUCUUAUUGGUAAAGGUGGUGAAACUAUUAAGUAUCUUCAGUUACAAUCUGGUGCUAAAAUUCAAGUUACUCGUGAUAUGGAUGCUGACCCUAAUUCUACGAUGCGGAUGGUUGAACUUACUGGUACUUCUGAUGCUGUUGCUUCUGCCGAGAAACUCAUCAAUGAUGUUCUUGCUGAGGCUGAAUCUGGGGCUUCUGGUGGUGGUACUAGGCGGAUGGCUGCACAAUCUGGGGGUGAUGAAUUUGCGAUGCAAAUACCAAACAAUAAGGUUGGCCUUAUAAUUGGUAAAGGAGGAGAAACAAUUAAGAGCAUGCAAGCUUCAACUGGAGCACGGAUUCAGGUGAUACCUUUGCAUCUUCCCCCGGGUGAUACGUCAACAGAAAGAACAUUAAAAAUUGAUGGGGGCCCUGAGCAAAUUGAAUCAGCAAAGCUAUUGGUUAAUCAAAUCCUUGCGGGUGAGAAUCGUCUCAGAAAUUCAGGGAACUCUGGUGGUUAUACUCAGCAAGGUUACCAAUCCCGACCACCAUCUGGCUGGGCUCCUCCUGCUGCUCCCACGCAACAACCUGGUUAUGGCUAUGGGCAACCUGGAUCAUACUCUGGCCCUUCUCAGUAUAACAUGCAACAGCCUCCAUACCCUGGCUACCCUCCCCAGCAAGCUGGUGGAUACGCUGCCAAUUGGGACCAGUCCACGGUACCAUCACACCAGCAGUCUACUCAUGCAAGUGGUUAUGAUUAUUACAAUCAACAACCCCAGCAACAGCAAAAUUCUGGGGUCCCUGCACAGCAAGCUGAUGGGUCUACUUACAAUUACAGUCAACCACCUUCAUCUGGUUAUACCCAACCAGGACAGGGUUAUGGUCAGGAAAGCUAUGGUGCAUAUAAUGCGCAACAACAAUCAGGGUAUGCUCAGCCACCAACAUAUGAUCAGCAACAAGGUUAUGGCUCAGCUCCCAGCUAUGGUAGUGGGAGUAACCCAACUCAAGAAGGGCACACUUCCAACUAUGCAUCACAAGGAGAUUCAACCCAAACUUCCCAACCCUCUACCGUUCCCCAGCAAGGCUAUGCUACCAACCAACAAGGAACUCCUCAACCAGGUUAUGGGGUAGCUCCUGCCUCCCAAGCGACCUAUGGCAAUCAACCACAGUCUGGUUAUGGUGCCCCUCCAUCACAAAAGCCAAGUGGAAAUCCACCUGUUUAUGGUCAAUCACAGUCACCUAGCACAGCGGGAGGCUAUGGUCAGUCAGCAUAUUCUACCCAGCCCCCACCUUCUGGAUAUGGUGCUCAAUCAUAUGGUGCUCCUCAAGGUGGCCAAGCAGGGUAUGGUUCUCAAUCAUAUGGUGCUCCUCAAGGUGGCCAACCUGGCUAUGGCCAGACUCCACCAUCGUAUGGAAACAGUUCUUAUGGUGCUGCUGGUUAUACUCAGGCUCCAGCAUAUGCUAGUGAUGGAGUAACUGCACAGGCUGUUCAACAGGGUGGGGUUGCUAAAGUGUCGCCCAAGAGUUAAUAUUUUUGUGAUGGUUAUUAUUGUCCUUUGGGCUGGGGGAUUAAAUUUUUGUUUGUUUGUCUUAAUGGCGACUUAUUCUAGUAUUCGAAUAUUUUCUAAAAAAGGUUGAAUAGGAACUAACAAAUUGUACUGAAUUGGAUGUUAGACUAGUAUUUUGUCUUUUCAAUUUAUUAUAUUUACUGGUGCA